AUGGAUAAACUGGAACCACCGGGUGUGCUUGUUCUCACGGGGAACGUGGCCGAAAAUUGGAAGAAGUUCAAACAAAGGUUUGAUGUUUAUAUGAAUGCUACAGGUGCGUCCGAAAAGGAUGAUAAGCAAAAAGCAUGCAUUUUCUUACCCGUAGUAGGAGAGGAGGCAGUGCAAGUCUAUAACACUUUUGUGUUUGGACCGGAUGAGGAGUUCAAAUUAGAAAAAAUUCUCGAGAAAUUUGAAGCAUAUUGUACUCCAAAACGAAAUACAACUUACGAAAGACACAAAUUCGUCACGAGGGUACAGAGAUCAGAUGAAACCAUCGAUCAAUACGUAACGGAGUUAAGAACUAUGGCAAAAAACUGUGAAUUUGGUGAUUUAGUAGAUUCGCUCAUUCGUGACAGGAUUAUUUGUGGAGUACCAGACAACGCACUUAAAGAACGCUUGCUACGUACUGUCGACCUCACGUUAGACAAAGCACUUGCAACCUGUAGAGCAGCUGAGUCUACAAAGGAACAAAUUAAAAGUAUUGUCCCUCCAUCAGAGGUACAUACGGUCGGUACCAGACCCAAAGACAGGAAACUACAUGGAGCUAAACAAAGUAAAGGUCGCGUACAGUUGUGUGGACGGUGUGGAUAUGAUGACUCUCAUAAGACUUGUCCAGCCAUGGGUCAAAUAUGCAAUAAGUGCAAUGGUGCAAAUCACUAUGCAAAAGUUUGCAGAUCAAAAGGCAAACAAAGCAGCAGUAAAAAGAAAACACAGAAAAAGAAACAUAUUCACGACAUUCAGGAUGAACAAGCUUUCUUUAUCGACGCUCUGGAGACGGCUCAACCUGAUAAACCAGAGGAGUGGCGUGUGACACUACGCACCAAUGGCAAGGGAAUUAACUACAAAUUGGAUACAGGUAGUCAAGUCAACAUCUUGCUGGAGAAACAGUAUCGCAGCCUACGAUGGAAGCCAAAACUCCACAAGACGAAUAUACAGCUCAUGUCGUACAGCAAGCAUAGUAUUCCGGUCUUAGGAGCAUGCAUACUGGAUGUGUUACAUCAUGACAAAGCUGCAAGGGUCUACUUUGUGAUAGUUCAGGACGCGUCGACAGCAAUCUUAGGCGUAAAAGCUUGUGACAAGUUAGGACUAGUCAAACGCACAUACACCAUAGAAAACUGCACAAAGGUUACAGACACUACUGCACAGAUGGUGGAUCAAAAUAAAGACUUGUUCGAAGGACUAGGAUGUUUACCGGGUGAACAUAAAUUAUCCGUAAAUUCAGUUAUUUCACCAGUAGUGAGUCCAUGUCGCAAAAUACCCUUUGCGUUGCACGAAAAACUACAAGACGAACUUAAACGCAUGGAGGAGAUGGGUGUCAUAUGUAAAGAAACCCAACAUACAGACUGGGUGAGCCCCAUUGUAAUCGUUCCAAAAAAAGACGGAAAGAUCCGUGUGUGUCUGGACCCUAUUCAGCUGAACAAAGCAAUUCAGAGAGAACAUUACAAACUGCCAACGCGAGAUGAGAUUCAUGCGAAGUUCAAGAAUGCGCAUUAUUUCAGUAAACUUGAUGCUCGCACUGGAUUCUGGCAAAUGAAACUAGAUCAGAAUUCCUCAAAACUUACCUGUUUCAGUACACCAUUCGGAAGAUAUCGAUUUUUACGUCUACCAUUCGGUAUCUCAUCAGCUCCAGAGAUAUAUCACAGGACCAUUCACAUGAUAUAUGAGCACAUACCAGAAUGUACGACAAUGAUGGAUGAUAUCAUUGUUUGGGGCACAACGUUACAAGAACACAACGAACGACUACAGCAGGUCUUCGAUGCUUCGCGUAAUGCAAAUCUCGAACUGAAUCACGAAAAAUGUGUAUUUGGAGUGAAGGAACUUACAUUCGUCGGUGACACAAUAUCCGCAGAAGGAAUUAAGCCGGACGAGGCCAAGGUCAAGGCCAUAACGAACUUUGAGACUCCAAAAAGUAAGAAAGACGUACAACGCUUUCUAGGCAUGUUGAAUUACCAGGCCAGAUAUGUUCCAGACUUGUCGUCAAAAACACAAGUUUUACGAAAUCUCACAGAGGAAAAGAACCAAUUUCAGUGGACUAUUGUUGAACAGAAAUCAUUUGAUGAGCUGAAGGCCAUAUUAACAAGUACGUCGGUACUUAAAUUCUUUGACCCGAGCAAAGACAUUAAAAUCUCUUCAGAUGCCUCUAGUUCUGGACUUGGAGCGGUGCUCUUGCAGAGGCAUGACAACGAAUGGAUGCCGGUGGCUUAUGCGUCGCGAGUUAUGUCUGAUGCAGAAACGAGAUAUGCUCAGAUUGAGAAAGAAAUGCUGGCCAUAUCAUUUGCAUGUGAACAUUUCCACCAAUACAUAUUUGGACAGACUGUAGAAGUGGAAACUGAUCACAAACCUCUUGUGAGCAUCUUUAAGAAGUCUCUGAAUGACUGUCCAAUACGAUUACAAAGACUUCUGCUGAGGGUACAGAAAUACGAUCUGCAUAUUGGCUACACGCCAGGAAAAUUUAUGCAUACAGCUGAUUCGCUAUCUAGAGGUUUGGAUAUGUCCACGAAACUGACCAAAUCAGCACAGGAGGAGGAUAUAAAAGUGUAUGUAGACUCUGUCAUUAGGAGCCUACCCAUAUCGGAUCGUAAAUUACAGAUGAUUUGUGAGGAAACGCAACAGGAUCCGAAAUUACAGCUACUAGCAGAAGUAAUCGCAAAAGGGUUUCCAGAAACGCGCACUGAAUGUCCUAAGGAAAUCUUGGAGUACUGGAAUGUACGGACCGAGUUGAGUCUAUGUGAUGGGAUCAUCAUGAAAACAGACCGUAUUGUCAUCCCUAUGUCAUUACGAAAGGAGAUGCUUAGCAAAAUCCACAUAGGUCACCUUGGGAUUGAGAAAUGUCGAAAUCGAGCCAAACAAGUGAUGUAUUGGCCGGGAAUGAAUGUACAAAUCGAGGAAAUGGUGAAUUCAUGUUCAACAUGUAUCAAAUUCCGUCCAAAACAACCGCCUGAACCGCUGAGACCACAUGAUGUUUGCAAUUAUCCGUGGGAAAAAGUGGGAGCAGAUUUGUGUGUAUUCAAAGGAGAAAAUUAUCUUGUGUUGUGUGAUUAUUAUUCCAAUUAUCCAGAAGUGUGUCGUUUGCACAGUGUCUCAAGUCAGUCAGUCAUUAAGGCAAUGAAAUAUGUGUUUUCAGGCCAAGGCAUACCUAAAAUAGUGUUCAGUGAUAACGGACCACAAUUCAAAUCAGCUGAAUUCAGUGAAUUUGCAAAGUCGUAUGAUUUUCAACAUCAUACAUCAAGUCCAUUGUACCCAAAAUCGAAUGGGUUAGUGGAGAAAACCGUAGGCAUCGUAAAAGGUUUAUUGAAAAAAGCUGCUGAUGAUGGAUCCGAUUUCCACAUGAGUUUACUCAUCUACCGUGCAACUCCAAUACUCGAUGGAAAAUCACCAGCGGAAAUGCUGAACAAUGGCCGCAAACUACGUUCAAACUUACCAAUGGCUGAUAGUUGUCGUGAGAACCGUGAAGCAGAAUCUUAUGAAAGAAAAAAAAUGCAACAGAAACUGAAACAAAAACAGUAUCAUGACAAAAACACGAAAGAACUACUGUCGUUGAGUCCAGGGCAAACCGUCCGACUUCGGGAUCAUAGUGACAGUAACUGGAUUAACCGUGGCAAGGUGAUAGACCGAGUUGCUCCGAGGUCAUACGUGGUUCAGACCGAAAAUGGACAUAUGUACCGCAGAAAUCGCAGGCAUAUUUUGCAUUCAAAUGAACAGUUUACACCAUUUGAGCAAUAUGAUUGUCAAAACAAUGAUAAUGUAUGUCAGUCUAGUCAAAAUCCAUGUGAUGAUGAAAAUACUCAAUCACUUAGCCAUGAUAUGUCUGUUAGCACCAGUUAUGUACCUGCACAAAAUAUGUCAGGGACCACAAGGUCUGGUAGGUCAGUUAAGAAACCACUGAGAUUAAUUGAAGAAAUGAAAUUUUGCUUUGGUGGUAUUAGUUACAUAGAACAAGUAGUUACAGUUUUAUUUUUAGUUUGUUAG